AUGGGGUCUGAUAGAAGAGAAAAAAAUAGAUCAAGAUCAAAGUCGAGAGAUAGAGAUAGAAAAAACAAUAAAAAAAGAGAAGAUAGAUCUCGUAGCAAAUCAGGCGAUAGAGGAGAUAGACAUUAAAAGAAUAGUUUUAAAUCUAGAAACGAUAAAUACAGAAGCAGAUCUCGUUCUACUGAAAAACCUAAAUAUAAAGAUGAAAAAGAAAAAUCAAGUAGAUAUGAGCGUAGCAGGGAUAAUGAUAAAAGAGAUAGUAAAAGAGAUGAAAAGUAUGAUAGUAGGAAAGAAGUAGAGAAGAAUUUUGGUAAAAAUAAGAAUGAAGUAUUGAUAGAAAUAUCAAAUGAGGAAAGAUAAGGAGGCAAUAGAAACCAAAAAGAUAAAGUUGAUGAAAGUGAUUUGAUUACUUCUCUUAAAGAAGAUGUAGGAUUUUUAACUAUUGAGUACAAUAGAAAGUAGUAAGAAGAAAGAGAAAAAGCUAUUUAAGAGGCAAAAGAUGCCAAGGAAAAAAGAACAAUAGAGUUGUUUACUCCUGCUUCUGGUAGAGCAGGUGGUGUUUAUGUUCCUCCAUACAAAUUGAGAUUGCUUUAAGAAGAAAUGAUGAAACAAAAUGAUAACAAAAGUGAAGAGCAUUAAAAAUUAAUGUGGGAUUUACUACGUAAGUCUAUUAAUGGUAUUGUUAAUAAGAUCAAUAUCUCAAACAUUUAGAAUGUAAUUGUUGAACUUUUUAAUGAAAACCUUAUCAGAGGAAAAGGACUAUUUGCUAGAGCUAUUAUUAAGGCAUAAUUAUCUUCUCCAAACUUUACUCAUGUCUAUGCUGCUUUGAUCGCAGUCGUAAACACUAAGAUGCCAGAUAUUGUAGAUCUUAUUAUAAGAAGAGUUAUUUUAUAAUUCCAAAGAUCUUAUAAGAGAAAUAAUAAAUUAGUUUGUGAAGCUGCCAUUAAAAUGAUAGCUCAUUUGAUAAAUCAAAGAGUUUUAAGUGAUUAUGUUGGCUUGCAAUUAAUGUUCUUGCUUUUGGAUGAUCCAAAUGAAGAUAAAGUAGAUCUUGCUUGCUAGUUUAUGAUUGAGGCAGGAUAAGUAUUGUCAGAUUCUACACCAGAAGGUGUUAAUGCUAUCUUUGAAAGACUCAAAGGUAUUUUGCAUGAAGGAGAGUGUGAAAGAAGAAUUCAAUAUAGUAUUGAGCACUUGUUUGCUGUUAGAAAAACUAAAUAUAAAGAUCAUCCUGGUGUUAUCCCAGAACUUGAUCUUGUUGAAGAAGACGAUAUUAUAGAACAUAAUUACGAAGUACUUGAUUAGAUAGAUCCUGAAGACCAUGAAAACCUUUUCAAGUUUGACCCCCAUUAUGAAAAAACCGAAUAAGAAUGGGAAAAAAUUAAGUUAGAAAUCUUGGGAGAAGAAAAUAUUCUUAGCUUAAAGCAAAUUAAGACAGGAAUUGAAGAAGAAUAAGAAGACGAUGACAACUAAGACUAAAUGGUUAUAAAGGAUUUAACUGAUGAAGACAGAGUCAAUCUACGUAGAACUAUUUAUCUUGUCAUCAUGAGUUCUGUCGACUUUGAAGAAUGCGCUCAUAAAAUAUUAAAGAUGAGUUUAGGUGUAGGCCAUGAAGAAGAAAUUUGCCAAAUGAUUAUAGAAUGCUGUUAGAAUGAACGUACCUACUUAAAAUUCUAUGGAUUGCUAGCUUAGCGUUUCUGUGAAAUGACUGAAUUGUAUAAAGAUAAAUUCAUGUCUUGUUUUGUUGAGCUUUAUUCUACUAUUCAUCGUUAUGAAACAGCUAAAAUUCGUAAUUCAGCAAAGUUUUAUGCACAUCUUUUUUAUACUGAUUCAAUUGAUUGGCGUAUUUUUGCAUGCAUUACAUUGACUUAAGAGACUACCACAGCAUCUUCUCGUAUUUUUAUCAAAAAUUUAAUUUUAGAAAUAUGUGAAAAUACUGGACUUGAAAAUUUAUAAGAGAGAUUUAGCAAAGAAGAACAUCAAGAAUUCUUUAAUGGAUUAUUCCCAAUCGAUCAUCCAAGAAAUACUCGUUUUGCAAUUAACUUCUUUAUUUCUAUUGGUCUGGGUGCAUUAACUGAAAAAUUAAGUGAGCACUUAAAAAAAUAAACUGAAGAAAUGUAAAAAUUGCAAUUAGAAUAAUAAAUGUAAGCAGUGCAAUAAAUGCUCCAAAACGAAGAUUAAAGUAGCAGUAGCAGCAGUAGUGAUAGCAGCAGUGAUAGUAGUGAUAGUGAUAGUAGCAAUAGCGAUAGCGAUAGUGAUGAUGAAGAUAAAAAAUCUAGUGAUUCAUCUGAUUCAGAGUCUGAUAAAAAGAAGAAGAAAAAUAAAGAUAGCUAAAAAAAGAAAGCAGAGUAGAAGUCUAAGUCUAAAAAGAAAUGA